AUGAAGGCUGUAUACUUGUAUGCCUCGGUGCUGUGUGGCAUAUCAGCCACGGUGGCUCAAUCGACAACAUCGAGUGCUAGCGAAGGAACGGGUGCAACGGAUUCGGAUACGUCGACAAGCCUUUCACUCGAAACUGCCUAUGCCGGCUCGUCAACAUUUACAGCAACGGCAGUCACGGAGAUUACAUCUACAAUAACCUCAACGGACGCUAAUGGCGAUACCUCCUUGAUAAUUACUUCAUAUGCAACUACUAGCACAGAGACAAUAUCUGGAACUAGUAGUACCACGUUCAGUUCCGUAGUGGCCAGCAGCUCCAUCGAUACGGACAGCGUCACUACUAUAAGCAGCACAACUAGCAGUGCAAGCACAUUCAGUACGACUUCCACUACAUCGUCCAUCACUACUGCUACAACAAGCCCAACGACGCCUACGACAACGACACUUCCUAUAUCGACAGACGCAAGUUCCUACCUUUCGUAUGCGUUUCCAACCGGUGCACCUCAGCCCACCUGGGCAACGGGAGAGUACUAUACAAUGCUGGCUUCGGCCAUAUACAGUGUCGAUCGGUCAUUCAUUCAACAAUCAGACUACCAAUCCAUCAUCUCGGCCAUUCAGAGUGCCGCUGACAAGGCGGGUAACCAAGUGUCAGCCUCGGUGGAGAGUUCUGCUUGGGGCUGGGGUGCCAUCACCACAAAUGCCUGGUACCAAGAUCAAGUUCCUGCUGCCUUACAAACCGAGGUCCUGGACUACAACAGUGCUUGGCACAGCGCUGUAUCGAGCAUACAAGCACUCGCCACUGCUACGACACCGAAUCGUACCGUCGCAGCAGCACCAGCUCCAAGAUGCACCGGCAUAGCAAUGGCUGGCAUUGCUGCCGGCAUGGCCGGCAUAUUUGUGGCAAUGUAG